AAUUUCUGCUGGGUGUAGCGAAAGCAUUCAUAGCGGUGCUUGGACAGUUUGGUUUUUAUCUCUUGAUUCACGCUGUGGCCUUUGGCUGGUCUUCAUUGCAGGUGGAAUUCUCUGUGCUAUGUCUUGGGGGGCCCAGCACCAAUAUUCCCGGAUGCCCAUAAGCCACUCUUAGCUCUUACACCAAGUGUCCUUGCCCUCCCACGUUAAUGUGGAGCGUGUUGUGCUUUAAAGUGCUAAGAAAGAUGCAGCGCCGGCACAGUAGCAUCACCGACAGCCUCCCACCUGAAAGAAGCCGGAGCCAAGCCAUCACCUCUGAGACCAGCGUGGAUGAAGGUGGCAUUUUUGAAAGCCUCAAGACAGAAGCCCCCUCUCCUCAGCAGCUUUUCUCAGGGCUGGGGGGAACCCCCUCGGGCAGCAUCUCAGCCACCCCUUUCCAAUCGAGUUUGGUCCUCGGAUCCUCGGCCGGAGGAGCAGAGGUGUUCAUUCAGAUGCCCGCUGCCCGGGAGGAGGGGCCAAGCCGGACAGAGGCGGGGCUCUAUCACUAUCGGCAACUGCAUCACUACCAUCACAGCCACCAGAGAGGGUCCUCCCUGCUCCAUAUGAGCGGUGCUGAGCGGCACGGGCAUCCUGAAGAGACCACCGAUGAUCCGCCUGGCACCCCAGCCCCUGCUCUUCCCGAGAUGAAAGCUGUGAUCUCUUGGUUGCAGGAAGGGCUGCCCUUCAUCAUGAUCCUCCUGGCUAAACUUUGUUUCCAGCAUAAGCUGGGAAUUGCUCUCUGCGUGGGCAUGGCCAGCACAUUUGCAUAUGCAAAUUCAGCCCUCCGAGAACAAGUCUCCUUGAAGGAAAAGAGAUCCGUCUUCAUGAUUUUCUGGAUCUUGGUCUUCCUCGCAGGGAACACCUUAUACUUGCUCUACACUUUCAACUCCCAACAGCUGUACAAUAGCCUCAUCUUCCUGAAGCCCAAUCUGGAGAAGCUAGAUUUCUUUGACCUGAUGUGGAUCGUGGGGAUUACAGAUUUUGUCCUGAAGUAUCUCACCAUUGCUUUGAAGUGCCUGGUGGUGGCCCUGCCCAAACUCAUCCUUGCAGUUAAAUCAAAGGGGAAGUUCUACCUGGUCAUUGAAGAACUAAGCCAGUUGUUCCGCUCCCUGGUCCCCAUCCAGCUGUGGUAUAAAUACAUCAUGGGGGAUGAUCCGUCCAGCAGCUAUUUCCUUGGAGGAAGUCUUCUCAUCAUGUACAGCCUCUGCAAAUCUUUUGACAUCUGUGGCCGUGUGGGAAGCGUGACACGGGCCUUGAAAGUCUUCUGUGCUCCUCAGAGUUACGGGGUCCGGGCGACCAACCAGCAGUGCAGCGAGGCGGGGGACAUCUGCGCCAUCUGCCAGGCAGAGUUUAGAGAAGCGGUGAUGCUCUUAUGCCAGCACGUGUUCUGUGAAGAAUGCCUCUGCCUCUGGUUUGACCGGGAGAAGACUUGUCCACUGUGCCGCUCUGUGACUGUGGAAACCCUGCGGUGUUGGAAGGACGGUACCACUUCUGCUCAUUUCCAGGUGUAUUGACUUGCGGAAUGUACCGGGAAACGUUAGCUGGGAAGGCCUCUUUUGAGGAAGGGGGAGAGGGAGCAUUGUUCAGAAUAUCAGUCUGGAAUCACUGCAGCUCCCCCUUCCCUGCAUAAGGCUGGCUGGAAGUUAAUCAGCGUCAAGGAGCAUCGGUACCUGGUGGAAACUUUAACAUUCGCUUCCUUUCAUUCCUUCCUCGCUUGUUUGACUGCUUUAGUCCAAGAGGACUGGGUACUUAGUUGAGAUGCUGAGUACACCCAUUCUAUCUCUUAGGUAGCUUUUGGGAGAUUUGGGGGUGGAGUGGGGAGAAUCACAUAGGCAGGGAAUUAACUGAGGGAGCUCAUAACCGUAAGAUGUGGGAUUGGACCAGUUUCACAAAUACACCUACCAAUGGUUACUAACCAUGAUGGCUAAAUGGAACCACCAUAUCCAGAAGCAUUCAGUCGGGAUUAGGAGAGGAUCCCUGCCUUCAAGGCCUGAGCUUGUCCACACCUGGUCAGCCUCUUUUUGGAAAUAAAGGAUGGAUGUAGAUG